UCAGUGAUUGACAGUGCUCUGAUCCAUUGGCAUUGAUGGUACCCUAGGCCAAUGGUGUUGGGGGAGCGGGGUUUCUGACCACUCUCACUGUCUUUGAUGGGUGUUUUUAUGGAAUAUUUGCAUUUAUUCACAUGUGAUUGGAUUAGCUACUCAUGUGCUGGACUGUCAUGAUUUUGGGGGGGAAUGUAUAUCUCAAGACAUGAAACUAAAAAUGCACUAGUGAAUUAAGUAGGGCAUCUGAACCAUACAUUACCUGAGGAAGGCUAGUACUUACACACUUUUACAGUAAUGAGGUAAACAUCCGCUGACUCAGGUUCCAUCAGAACCUCAAAUGACCGUCUUAGCAGUCGGAGGGAUUACACAUCUAUCAGUUUGUAAAAAUAAAACAGAGGCAAUUUUACACCAAAUGGGCUAUGAGCCACGGGCCACGUGUUGGUGAGUGGGUAGUAAUUAGCAGAAAACGGAUCCACCUAAUCAAAGAUCAGUAACUAGACUCCAACGAUGUAAUUUUGUGCAGAAGAAGGCAGGUAGGAGGGGAGGGAGUAGGGUGCUAGCUCAGGUUUCCACAGCCUUGUGUUACACAUGGUGGGGCAGCGGCCGCUAAGGAGAGGCGCUGAAUGAGAUCUUCUCUUGCUGCCCCUCCAUGAAUCAUUCAGCAUCUUGGAGCAGACCAAGAGCUGAGUUUAGUAGUGGUGCUUAAAGUGAAAUAAUGUCACAAGAGCUCUUCACCAUGGAUAGAAAUGUGAGAUAGAGAAAGAGAAGAACGGUGAGAAAGAAACAAAACGAGCAGAACUGAUCAGGACUGAAUGUGAAGUGGAUCACUCUAGAUGUGUCUUCUUCUGGUCUGAGUUUCCAUCAUGCCAGGGCAAACUGGGCACUGAAGGCCCUUUAAACUGAACACUGGACUAAUACUAGGAGAAUAAAGUUUCAUCUAUUCUGGAAAAAGCAAUGGAUAAUGAGGUAAUUCAGGAAUAUUUCAUGUGUCUGCUGAGAGAGCAGCUGAAAUAAUGUGUUUAAAAUGUGUAAAAUUUAAAUGCUUGUAGCAAUGCUUGUUUUUUUUUUGUUUUUUUUGACCUAUAAGAUUAAUUAGUAUUGUGUGUAUUACAAAUGUUUGUCUUAAGAUUGUUCUUAUCAGAUAAUUAACAGAAAAUUAGAUCAUAUGACAAGAAUAUUGGAAUGCUAAGUUAAUAAUACACACAAUACUACACAAUCACUAAUACUCUUUGUAUUUUUUACAUUACACUUUUAAUAUUUUAUGCAAAUGUGUCUCAAAACGUGACUGCAGAUGACAGUGAGAAUGCACAGAAAAAUAUUUUUUUUUUAAAAAAUGCUAAUUUAAAUUAUUUGGGGGCGGGGGCUGGGAGAAUAGAGUUCUCCCUCAUACUUAAAAAAUAAAUAAAUAAAUAAAAAAUUUAGAAAAUCCAGAAAACAGAGAAAUCCAAUUAAACUGUGUAAAUAGGUUCAAGAAGGUAAUUCAGCUGCAAAUAUUUGUCAAGACUUUGUGUAGUGAAGAAUGUGGGUCAGUGACCAAAGAUUAGUGUUAGCUUUUUCCGAAGUCUCAAGCCAUAUUGUGAGCUGAGCACUGGGAUCCUGUGACAUACUGGAGUUUUGGGACAAUAGCAUGGCCUCUCAGAUGAUGGUCAGUUAGCCAGAUAGACUUUCCUUCAACUCAAAAUCAGCUUUAAUGUCUCAGUGACUCACACUGAAAUACAACAGGAUGUAUCUAAUAACAUUGACACCAAAGUGGAAAUCUAAGUCAUCAUGGAAAUUAAACUGUAGGGUUUUUUUUUUCUUCUUUUUUUUCUUCCAAUUCAGACUAUGGUUGGGUGAUAUGGCCAAAAAUAUUAUAACAAUAUUUUUUCCAGAUCAUACGAUACUGAUAUUUAUCACGAUAUUAAUUUACCAUUAAUAGGGAAGGAAAUGCUUUCCACAUAUUUGUUAGAUCUAAAUGUAAAUAUGUAAACUAGUUUGUUCACAAUUAAACUCCACAGAGAGCUAUAUGCCUGUCUUUUAAUUUAGGGCCCCAUGAAAUCAUUUUUAAGAAUGUGUGACAGAAUGUGUGUCAUUUCCUUGUCUUUUCACUUUUGCUUUUGUGGUACACAAUGGACUGACAGCUUUCUUAGUGAUUCGUUAGAAAUAAUAUUAUUACUUUGAGAAGUACAUUUUAGUAGGCUAUACAGUAGUGAUACUCUAUAAUAAUUUCUUGAAGUUAAACCAAACUUUUAUUUUGACUGUUUUAGUUUCAGUUUCAGUGUGUAUUUUUCAGUUUUUCUCAAGUGAAACGGUGAAACAAAGAGGCUCUCAGAGCAGCUCUGGAGAUAAAGUGUGUUCAUAUCCUCAUAAUUGAGACUGCAGACGCUGAAAACACUAUGCAUCACAUGUGUGUUUGUGUAUCAGACGAAACCGCGCCAUUAAUUCACAAAGAGACCCGCAGAAAUAACUUAUUAGCAACAUGCACUGACAGGCUGUUGUCGCGUUUAUUUCUGCUAUGUGCUAAGCUGUUAAAUUAAUCCAUAUGAUAUUGUUUAUCAAUAACAGCCCUAAUUCAGACAUGAUCAGUUGUGUGAUUAGGAGGAAAAUAUCAGCAAGCUAAAUCUGUACCCAAUGAAAAAUAAUAUGUGAAUACACUAGAUAUACACUACUAUAGUAUAGUGUUUAGGCUAUAUUAUUAUAUUAAAUUAUUAUGAUAUAUAUCAUAUUGUAUCAUUUAUAUGCGUAUAUAAAUAUUCACGUUGCAACCUAGUAAUUUUAUAGUAAGAGUCUUUCAGUUGGUUAUUGGUACCAAGAAAGAAAUGAUGAUUGUCUUUUAAACGGAUGCAAUACAUGACAUGCUGUGUGUAAUAAGAGAGGAACACUGACAGACUGCCAGAAGCUUGGCAUCCCCUCUUGGCUCUAGUUUGAGUGCUCUUUGCCAGCUGAUAGACAGGACUCAAGUGUGAUGCCAGCUUUAUCUUUCAGAACAUUUCCGAGUCUCUGCACUUUUGCUUUUGUGGUACACAAUAGACUGACAGCUUACUUAGCGAUCUUUAUUUGGUAACAAACAGUCCACUUUAGACAUUCUACUAUCUAUAAGUAAUAUAGAUAAAAACAAAAACAGACACUCUAAUGAUUCUAUAAGUAACUUUGCAAGCACAUGUCAACUAAUUCUACUAACACUAACCCCAACCGAACAGUCUAUUAAUACUCUAAUGAGAGUUGGUUGACAUGUUGUAAAGUUACUUAUAGUUAGUAGAAUGUCUAAGUGGACUAUUGAAAUAUAGUGUAACCUUUUAUUUUAUUUUUUUUACUAGCAAUCAAAAUCUGUUUAAAAUAAUCACUGGACAAUUUAGAAAAUUAAACUUGCUGCUGUGCACAUCUUUUGGUUUCAACUGGACUUCAAAAAUGAUAUUAUUACUGACAUUUGUGUGUGUGUGUGUGUGUGUGUGUGAGAGAGAGAGAGAGAGAGGGAGAAAGAGAGAGACAAAAAGAAAGAGAUGUGUGUGUUCCAUCUGUUCUUAGAGGUAAAUCAAGCAUCAGUAGCACCAGACAGGAAUGGUUCAUUUAUUUUUUGUAUGUCCGUGACCUUGGCCCAAAUUCCAUUCCAUGACAGGAAUGGAGAGGAACCGUGUAAUCUCAGAUAGAAAUAGAUUUGCCCUCCGGUUUAGAUAGGACAAACCUAUGCUGAGCAGAGCUUUUUAGGAUGCGAGACAAUAAAUCCAUAACGAUUUCUGUUUUAGACAGAUGUUUCUUGACACACACAUACACACAGAUCCCCGCUUCCUUAGCAAACUUAUUAUUAAUGACUUCCCAUGGUGGAAGUGGUGAGUGUGAUAUGACAUUGUUUCCUGUUGUACUUAUAAUAAUCGCAGAUGCUCUUUACAAAACUGGAUACGAUCACACAGUUCCCUCAUCAGUACACAGAGAAACAAUCACUGCACUGAAGAGUUUAGAGGAACGCUGCCAGCGGAUCCUGCAGGAGAUGGAGGGGUCUUUGACGGCUCGGGACAGGGUGGGCAUUCAGGACUUUGUUCUCCUGGACGCCUACACCAGUGAGACAGCAUUUAUGGACAACCUCAGAAAACGGUUCAACGAGAACCUCAUAUAUACCUACAUCGGGACCCUCCUAGUGUCAGUUAAUCCAUAUAAGGAGUUGGGUAUCUAUACCAAGAAACAAAUGGACAUUUAUAUGGGAGUCAACUUUUUUGAGCUGCCUCCUCAUAUAUUUGCACUUGCUGAUAACGUUUACCGGACAAUGAUUAGUGAAACCAACAACCACUUCAUCCUCAUCUCUGGUGAGAGUGGUGCUGGUAAGACAGAGGCCUGUAAGAAAGUCCUGCAGUUCUAUGCAGUAAGCUGUCCCAGCACUAGACUCCUGGACAACGUGAGAGAUCGGCUCCUUCUUUCCAAUCCGGUGCUGGAGGCUUUUGGAAAUGCCAAAACCCUGAAAAAUGACAACUCGAGUCGAUUUGGAAAGUAUAUGGACAUACAGUUUGACCAUCAGGGAGCAGCUGUCGGUGGCCACAUCUUAAGCUACUUACUGGAAAAGUCAAGGGUGGUCCACCAAAAUCGUGGAGAGAGGAACUUCCACAUCUUCUAUCAGUUAGUUGAGGGAGGGGAGGAUGAGCUUCUUCGCUGGCUUGGUUUGGAGCGAAACUGUCAGAACUACCGCUAUCUUAUUCAGGGAGAAUGUGCCAAAGUGAGCUCCAUUAAUGACAAGAGCGACUGGAAAACCGUACAGAAAGCUCUUACUAUCAUUGAGUUCAGUGAAAAAGAUAUAGAGCAUCUGUUUGCGAUCAUUGCCAGUGUCCUUCAUCUCGGGAAUGUUCACUUUGAGGCCAGUUCUCUGGGUUAUGCCACAUUAAACAGCAGUGCAGAAGUACACUGGCUGUCAAAGUUAUUAGGCAUACCCUCAAACAUGUUACAGGAGGGUUUAACUCACAGGAAGAUUGAAGCCAAAGCAGAAGAGGUUCUAAGCCCUUUUACCGCUGAACAUGCAAAGUAUGCCAGGGAUGCACUAGCCAAAGCCAUCUAUGGCCGCACAUUCUCAUGGCUCGUUAAUAAAAUUAAUGAAUCAUUGGCAAAUAAGGAUUCAACAAGAAAGACAGUGAUUGGACUGCUUGACAUCUAUGGAUUUGAGGUGUUUGAUGUGAACAGUUUUGAACAGUUCUGUAUAAACUUCUGCAAUGAAAAGCUUCAGCAGCUUUUCAUCCAGCUCACGCUCAAAUCAGAGCAAGAGGAGUACGAGAUGGAGGGAAUUGAGUGGGAGCCAGUGCCAUACUUCAACAAUAAGAUCAUCUGUGACCUGGUGGAGGAGAAACAUAGAGGCAUCAUAUCAGUACUGGAUGAAGAAUGCCUGCGUCCUGGAGAAGCCACAGAUUUUACAUUCCUGGAGAAGCUAGAGGAGAAGAUGUGCGGUCACCCUCAUUUUGUCACGCACAAAUUGGCUGACCAGAAAACACGCAAGACCUUGGAACGAGGGGAUUUUCGACUCCUACACUAUGCCGGAGAAGUUACUUACUCAGUUGUUGGAUUUCUUGACAAAAAUAAUGAUCUUCUGUACAGGAACAUUAAAGAGGUCAUGCGACAGUCUAAGAACAGUAUUAUCCAGCAUUGCUUCCAUGCUAUUGAACCUGACGGCAAGAAAAGACCUGAGACGGUAGCCACCCAGUUUAAGAACAGCCUCGCAGGCCUCACUGAAAUCCUCAUGACCAAGGAGCCAUGGUAUGUGCGGUGCCUGAAACCCAACCACUGCAAGCAGCCAGAUCACUUUGAUGAUGUCAUGGUGAGACAUCAAGUCAAGUACCUGGGGUUAAUGGAGCACCUGAGAGUCAGGCGUGCUGGGUUUGCUUAUAGGAGAAGAUACGAAGUCUUCCUGAAAAGAUAUAAGGCUCUAUGUCCUGACACAUGGCCACACUGGAAGGGGACACCAGCAGAGGGAGUGCAGCGGCUCAUCAAACACCUUGGCUACAAACCAAACGAGUACAAGAUGGGAAGAACAAAAAUCUUCAUUCGCCAUCCCAGGACUCUUUUUGCCACUGAAGAUGCAUUUGAGGUCUGCAAGCAUGAACUGGCCACAAGAAUUCAGGCCAAAUACAAAGGCUAUAGGGUUAAAGGAGACUACCUGAGGCAGAGAGAAGCAGCUACCAAGAUUGAAACAUGUUGGCGGGGCCUUCAGGCCAGAAAAGAGAGGGAAAGAAGAGCCUGGGCUGUUAAAGUCAUCAAGAAGUUUAUUAAGGGCUUCAUGAACAGGAAUCAGCCAGUAAGCAUGGACAACUCUGAAUAUCUGGCCUUUGUCAGACAGAGCUACCUCACUCGACUCAAAGAGAAUCUGCCAAAAUCGGUAUUAGACAAAACUACCUGGCUGACUCCUCCACCAAUAAUGCAAGAGGCCUCAGUGCUCCUGCGUAAUUUGCACACGCGUCUCCUCGUACGUAAGUAUGUUCGAGGGAUCAGUGCACAGCGGAAGGUGCAGGUAAAAUUGUCAUUUUCACCUCUCAUUUAUCUGAACAUUUAUUUUCAUAUUUUAUUCUCUGGCUGGAAUCCAUUUAGAGUUCCAUUUCAUUUUCAGCUGCAAAUCAAAGCACUGACCAGUGACAUAUUCAAAGGCAGAAAAGAGAACUACCCUCAGAGCGUAUGCCAACCCUUCGCUGACACUAGGAUAAAUGAACAGGACAUAAACAUGAAAGUCUCACAGCUGCUUUGUCCUGAGGGCAUUGAGUACAGUGUUCCAGUGAUUAAGUAUGACAGGAAUGGCUUUCGGCCACGUUUCAGACAGCUGAUCUUCACCCAGGCUGCUGCGUAUCUGGUGGAGGAGGCCAAAAUUAAACAGAGGGUGAAUUACAGCUCCCUUAAAGGGGUGUCUGUCAGCAAUUUAAGUGACGACUUCCUGAUUCUCCAUGUCACAUGUGAUGACACAAAGCAAAAAGGGGACCUGGUCUUGCAGUGCAGCUAUCUAUUUGAGGCAUUGACAAAAAUCUGUGUAGUGACAAAAAACCACAGCCUUAUCAAAGUUGUACAAGGGAGUGUGAGGUUUGACAUCCAGCCUGGCAAAGAGGGCUUUGUGGAUUUUAAGAGCAGCAGUGAAUACAUGGUCUACAGAGCCAAGAAUGGACACUUGAUGGUGGAAUCUGCACGGACAAAAUCUCGGUGACACGUUUGACCUUUCAAACCUCCUGUACAAUGGCCCAAUUAAUGCAUUUCAGUCAAGUUUAGAUAGAGGCACACAAAUUAAACACUACAAUUUGCCCUAAAAGAACCUACACUCUAGAACAGUGUUUCCUAACAGUCUCCCUAAUCAAACAAACCCGCUUCUCCGUCCUUUAGCCCGUGACCCGGAAACCAAUCGAACUCAGCCAUCUUGAAGGGCAUCUCAAUUCUCUUAUUUCACCGUGAGGAGGCGAGGAGCGAGGAAGCUUCCUGAGGAGUCAUGAGCGAGGACACACAGGUGUAUCCUUCCCUCACAUCCUAAGGGCGUGGAGCUAAGAUGUGAGGAAAGGAAACGAGGAUGCACAAAUCAGAAAUGAGAAGCACCCAAGGACCAGGGUUGGGAAACACUAAAAUGUAAAAUUAUUUUUCAAGGGACAAAUCAUGAAAUAGCAUUGUAAUUUAUUCACCAAGAGGAAAAGGAAAACAAGUCAGACUGGUGUAUGAAGUAGUUGGAUUUUUAUUUUUUUAUUUGUUUUGUUUGUAUAAUAUCAGGUUAAAUUCUGUAUUUUAGUUGUGUACUUUACAUUGUCUUUGUUGUGUAUUUUAUAAGCCCAUGUUUUGUUGUAAGCAUCCAGCUUUUAAUGUAAAUUGCUAAGUUUUUUUUAUCAAAUUAAUUGAGUGUGUCUUGGAUCUUGCUAAUUGUGCAUGUUUCUGAUAGACAGAAUAUAGAAAAUGAGUUGAUUCAAAGCACAAACCUUUUUUCCCCCAACUGAAGAAGUGAUGUUAAUUUAACUUGUUAAUAUUUGAAAAUCAUAAAAGGUAACUCUUCAGUAAAAAAAAAAGCAAAUAUGUGUGCAAAAACAAAAAUUAUCGAAAUACUGUGUCAAUUUUGUUAGUGUAUUCUUUAUCCCAUAUUGCCAAAACCUCACAACAUAGGGCAUGCCAUCUUCUGCUUUGCACUGACAAAUAUAUAACAAAUAUAUUACAAAUAUCUGAAACACUGGAGCACAACAUUUGUUUAUACAUUCAAAUAUAAAAAUGCCAUUUGAUAUGAGACAGAACACACAUGUAAUAUCUGCAUAUAGAUCUAAUAAUCAUAAGUCCACAACAGGCAGGUGUCCUUUAAAUACUUUAUCUAGCCUAGUGCAUUCAAAUUUAUGUAGCUGUUGCAGUGUUAAAAUACAACAACCGUUAGCAUUUGUAUAACUCCAUAUAAUCAAGAUGUUUGACUGAAUGAUUAUGAAUCAUACUUUUUUUUUUAAAAAGUUAUUGUGAUGUCUUUGUGAUGUCUUUGUGAUGCACCCCCCCAAAUUCAGUUCAGCCAUGUGUAAACUAUUUGUAUUAUGACUGCAGUGAAUAAAGUGGUUCAUUAUUUAG